AUGCUCCGCCCACCAAUGACGAAAUUAGUUAUUUCGAAUAGAGAAUCUCAUCGGGAAUGCGAGCAAGUUCUCCAAAUUGGAGAAUGUGCGAUUGUUCGGAGCUCAAGUGGAGAACCUUGGCAACUACUAAAUAAUGGAAACUCGGAUUCCAUAGAUUAUGCUCUACUUCAAGAUAUUCUCUACGAGGGGUACCGUUUGUCAACUAUAUACAAUAUCAAAUCACACACAAAGUCAAUGAAACGAUUAAGGAGAAAGCUUGCUUCUAUAUUUUCGAAUUCAAACUUUCUGCUACCUCUUUCGAAAGAUGGCUCAUCAUCUUCUUCUCAACCUCAUUUUUAUUUAUCACCGUCUAACAGCUCACUCUUCGACGCACGAAAAUCGUCCAGAUCACGGGGAGCCGUCAUCAAGUCUCCAUCAACAAUAAAUAUAGAGAAGAAUCGUCACAGCUCAAAUUCUGGCGAAAAUCAAAAAAUGCGUCUAAAUCUGUCGAUGAGCACGGGAAAUCUGUGUAGAGCAGGUGUUGUACGUACUCCAUAUCCUACAUCAAAGCAGUUACAUUUUGACAAUGACGACGGAGAUGAAGAAGAUGAUACAGAUGAUGAGGGAGAAGCUGACUUAGUUAGUAUCAAAACGCGUUCGGGGAGACGAAAUGUAUUAAAGAGCCCGCCGCCUCCAGAACGAAUUCCAAGUUCGAUGGGCGCCAGUGAUGCUGAAGAAAUAGACAUAAAAAGCCAUAUGAAACCACUCUCAGUUAAAAUUCCAGCCAACAUAUUCAAAACACCAACGCUAGAUAUUCCCGUUGACGAUGACGCAGAAAUUGACGCUGAUGUGUUUCCUCUUCCACCACCCACUCCAGUUAAUUUAAAGCAUGGAUUAUUCUCGAUUCCGUCGGGCCGUAAUUCUGAAUCUGCUCGAUCACGUCAAACUAAAAGAAGUCCGUUUGGAUCAGUAACUAGUCGUACAUCAUCUCUUGAUCGUCGCAUGAGCUUGAGCUGUUUGGAAGACACGUCUAAUUAUCAAAAGACGCAAUAUUUGGUUUUCCCUUUGAGAACCUCAAGCAAAAAACCGUAUUUGUUGAAAUUCCCUGAAGACAUGCAAGAAGAAGACGAAAAACACAAUGGAAGUGUUUGGGGUAGUGAUACUAGUUUGGAAGAAGAAAUAAAGGUAUGA